AGCAAAGCACCUCAAGUAGGCAAAGCAUCUCAAGCAAGCAAAGCACCUUAAGUGAGGAAAGCACCUCAAGUGAGGAAAGCAGCUCAAGUAAGCAAAGUGCCUCAGGAAAAGAAAGCAACUCAAGUGAGGAAAGCAUCUCAAGUAAGCAAAGCACCUUGAGUAAGCAAAGCAUCUCGAGUAAGCAAAGCACCUCAAGUAUGCAAAGCAUGUCAAAUAAGCAAAGCACCUCGAGUAAGCAAAGCGCCUCCAGUACGUCAAGCAACUCAAAUAAGGAAAGCAUCUCAAGUAAGCAAAGCACCUCAAGUAAGCAAAACAGCUCUAGUAAGCAAAGCACCCCAAGUAAGCAAAGCCAUCUCAAGUAAGCAAAGCACCUGAAGUAAGGAAAACACCUCAAGUAAGCAUAGCAUCUCAAGCAAGGAAAGCACCUCAAGUAAGCAAAGCACCUCAAGUAAGCAUCGAGACAUAUAUUUCGGUACAAGAUAUGUCCCCAUACAUGACGUACUUCCUGGAGAGUUGUUUUCAAGAUGGCGAUGGCAACAGUUUUAGGAAUCAUGUGCUCUUUGCAUGUACUCUUUGCUCUGUAAAGUCAGAAUUUGUUCAGUAACAGUCGAAAUAAUGAAAACUAGGGCGUUAAUUCUGGUAUUUACCUUUGUGUCCAAUUAUAUCGUAUUGUUAGCCAAUGGAGGGGAAGUAAAUAUAAACCUUGUAGAAUUCCAGGAUGGUAUACUGAGUGUGCCAGAGAAUCAGGAGCAAGGACAGAUUCAAGUUGAUCUCACAGAAGCAGUGAACUCCGAACCAGUCACAAUUGUUUGCAGUGUUUUGGAAACUGGUCCUGGCCUAACGAGUGUAGAGUUUAGGAAUACCUCAGCCCCAGUUGGUACAACUCAGGUGGAUGUUACAUUCAGAAUCACAUCAGCUGGUAGGGCUGUUACAAUCCAGUGCUCAGGUCAGAGUGAUGGCAACAGCGAACAGUUCACAUUUUCUGAAUCAAAGGGAAACAAUGGGUCAUUACGUGUAACUAAAGCACCAACUCUUCAUGUAUGUCCAGAUGUUAUUUUGCUUCACAAGUAUCUUCCCAAAUCAACUUUUCAAGUACAAUUCAGUGAGAGGAUAAGAGAUUUGCCUGUUGAUGUUCAAUGUUCUGUUGUUGAGUCAGUUGGAAACACAUCAGGGGUGCUACAGUUAAAACUCACAGAGACAAGGGUUGGUGUUGAUGCUGUUACAGCUCAGGUUCCUUAUGAGAUAGUGUCUGUCGGUAGUCCUGUGCAAGUGAUAUGCAGAGCACAGUCCUCCAAUGUCACAGCACUACCAGUGUCCUCCUCCUCCUCCUCCUCAACCCCACGGAUCUCACCAAGCAGAAGUCAUCAAGUCACAAGCAGUGUGAAUCAGAUUACUGUGACAGCUGCCUCGGCGUUCAGUUCACUGGCAGUAAGUGGAUCUGCAUCUGUGGCAGGAGGUGGUGCUAAGAAGAGACGGCGGAGAAGUGUCUCUCCUAACAGGAGUGGACUUCAGUACUGGUUCAACAAUUCUGCAGGGCCUCCUGUUACAUUUGCUAUGGAUGUUGCCCCGUUACGGAUUCUCCCUCCAGCUGGUUUCAUCCGGGUACCUAGCGGUAGUUUUAGCGCGGUCCUGGUUCUAGACGAACUAGCUGAGAACACUGUAGACAUCACGUGUUCACUGGAUACUGUUCCCCCUGGGGCUCAACUGGAUAAUACCUCGGAGCUUUGCCUCGGUUCCCCGAGAGACCAAGUUGCAUUUACUAAUACUACUGUGGAGAUUAAGCUCGACAAGAAAGACAUACAGUUCCAGAAAGAUGAGUUAUUCCAGACAAUAAGCUUGACGCUGUCUGGAAGUCCUGCAUGGCGCACACAGAGCCUGGUGCGAGUCACGUGUUGCGGUCAAGAUACGGGAUUGAGCCUUCGGUACGCCAACGAGUCAGCGGUGGCGUUCACUUGGGUUGAACUCCGUAAACUUCAACCUAUAGACUGGAGUAGUAUAACGAGUGGAACAAGGAAAAGCACGCUGGUCUCUGAUGUAGAUUUGACUUGUCCGUGUGACUUGAAGGAAAAUUCCUGCGACACAGGCUGUUGUUGUGACGAGGAUUGUACUGACUUCGAAAACGAGACCUCCACUUGUAUCCCAGGAUUCUUUGGAGGCGCCACGUCAGAGAAGCUUUUCGAAUUUAGCUGCCAAGCCUCCUGGCCUGACUCUAGAGACUGGCAACCAUUUCUCUGUGUUACCAUUAACAACAGCCCGGUGAUUGGCUACUUCUACAAUCUCACCUCCCCUCCUUUAGCGCAGGAUGCUACUUCGUUCAAUACGCUGGCUGAUAAGAAAAAGAGAGAAGUUUUCGCUUUUAUCGAGAGCGAGGAACGACAAACGAGCUUUUCAGGUGGCUUGUACUCUGCAGGGACAACGAUCAAAACUGCUGCGAAUACUGAAGACGUCAACUAUGCAAGAGCAACACUUGGCAUUCUUAAUCUGCCACAGUCUUUUUUCAACGGCUUGUGUUUGCAGAAUGCAGCCGUACGAUUUCUGGAAGACGUCUCUUCUGGUUGUGUCCUUGAGCUGGAAGAGUCUUUUUGUGAUUCAGAGUCACCUUGGAGCGCUUUGAACUAUAUAAUGCCCAAUAAACUCAGUCGACCCGCCUGCCCAUUGCCCCCGGCAGUGCUAGCUGAGGGCAGACUUAAUGACACUGUUGGCGGCAUACCCGAGAUAUCAACCACAGAGGUACAAUAUUACUGUGCCGAUGUUGCCGAAUAUGUUUCCGAGGCAAGCCUUCAAUCACAAGACUCUGUUAACAGUUCAUCAUUUUUUGAAAGAAACACACAGGAAAAUAAAACUCCGGCAAGAUGCAAUUUUGAUGACGGUGAGACUUUGCCACCGGCGCCAGUUUUUAACAAAACAACAAGAAUCUGCUCCAAUGUGGUGGUCAAAGUCGAAUACGAAUUUAAAUGGCGUGAAAGACGAGUAGACGCGGUACAGGCGAAAGUGACGCUUGGAGACGUUGAAAUUCCAGAAAUCAAAGCCAAUUCUGGCCUCGCCACAUCUAAUAACUUCAUUAGCACUCUCAGCCAGAGUUUUUCUGUGAAGUUUCUUCACUCGUCAGCGCUAAACUCGUCUAGUGCCAGUCAGACUCCUUUUCAGCGUUCAGGGAACCCAGGCUAUGUGCGUGGUCGUCCAGUGUUGGGUCGCCUGCAGAACAAUUCAGGACAGGUCACAGCUGGAAAAAUCCAACUCUGGUCACCAGGCUCUGACAGCUUGUGCGCGAGCUCAACUCUCACCCCAGUCCUUUAUGGCGAGAAUUCAUUUUCAGGCUGUUUGCUGAGAUUAUCAUUAGAUGACAUAAACAACUGUUCCUCGUUACAGGAAAUGGUGUCAACCAAUCAGGCUCGUCUGGUUCAAGCCACGCAUGUCGGCCGCACUGGGAACGCUGACCUGGCUUUUCCCGACGAUUGGCUUCCAGUAAUAAGUGAAUCGCGAAGCAAUAAUUCAGGCUUAACCUCAGAACAAGGAACGUGCUCUGGAAUCCCAAGCGGGCUGGUAAUUGAGAUGCUUGUCACAGAAGCCGGUCAAUAUGCAGGAGUACCUCAAAUGGAAGUAGUGGGAACAAAAAUAAGCUACCGGUACAGCACCUGGCAGUUCAAGUGUGUCAGCGGUUACGGCCUGAGUUGCUCUCUUUCUGGAAAUGACACAAGCUUUACACAGGUGGUACCCAGUCCCUCAGCCAUCACUCCAACAGCUGCCAGUUCAUCAAUCAACCUUAGUAUAACCAACUCAUCUGUAACACCAGCCAAACACAACUCCAGUUCCAAUGUGAACGGCACAGAAGCCAGGGAGUAUGCCCCUCGUUUUCAGCACUUUAUGAUCACGAGCUCGGUUGUUUUCGUCCAAGUACCCGCCGUCAAGCCUCAGCGGGUCAAAAGGACUGCGGAUCAGAGUGGAAUAUGUUACAGAGAUGUAUGCAAGGAGGAGCUGUUCUUGGUACUGACUGAAGCUUACCAAGGCGAACCACGUGACAAGGCUUUGGCACUGUCUCUGUUUCUAAUAUUCUUGGCUCUGGUCAUGUUUGCUGUGACAAAACCUUGGGGUUAACAACAUGUUAUCAUACGGAGUCUUGUGUUGGCCGAUAUCGCAGUGGAUAAAGCACUGAAAAACGGGCUCUCGAACAGCAUUCAUCGAGGAGUUAAUCCAUCAACAGCGUAACUUACGCCAAUGGAUUGUGAUCUGCUAUUCGCGACAAGGUGGUGUGCAAUGAUUACGAAGAAAAGCUGGUUGGUUGUGACGUAAAGACAUUGGUGCCGCGAAAUGGCAGAACAUCUGUACUGCGUCAGCACUUCCGUUCUGUUUGAACGCCAAGAAGAAGCAAUCAAGGUAAAAUGUAACAAGGAUACGAGCUAGUAAUUUAAUCAUCGACUGCUUGCGAGUUAAGCACGAGGGAAUCCUAAAACCGGACCCGGUUAAACAGUUGAUGAAAGGGCUUUUUUCAUGCUGUCCCUUCACUGAAAAGAGUGCCAAGAGAUUCACGACGUAAAUUAAUGACCGAAGUGAUCGUUCAAACCUGUUCGCUGGCUUCAACUGAACUGUUUGUUUCAAGUUUGACAAUUGGGCGGGAUCUAGAAUCACUACCAGACACCUUUCUUUGGGGCUGCAGACGUCUCGUGUUUCCCUAGCAGCAAAGGAAAUGGGAUAGUUCUGACUGUGAAGUUAACACUUGAAGAGUUCACACUAACCACCUGAUUCCGACUGAAGGGGCAAAAUUCACGGAAUGAGGAAGUGAAAGUAGUAAUAUUGCACUAUUUCCAAAGACGUUGGUAAUGGGAAAAAGCAAACAAAUGUGUGCGCAGAAAGUUAAACCCACGCCUUGAAUUUGCUGCGACGACAAAGUGAGAACGGACAAUAGUGCUAGGGGCGAGUAAAGGAAAACAUUUUCCCUAAGUGAGAUAUAUAAAACAAAAACAGCCAGAAUAAGUUACAGCUAUUUAUACAAGCCAUGCAAAAGUAUUGCAAUUUAUAUUAAACGGAAAACUGGCCCAAAUUGAAAAAGAGAAUUCUGCACACGCAUUAAUUUACAGCAGAAUUAUAAAAGAGCCAUAAAAGUAAAUAGUUCAUUGAGCUAGUUUAUUCGACCGUAUUGGGGAAUGCUGGUUUUUUUUUUUUGUUCAAGUUGACAGAAGUGUAGAUGAUACAAAAAUCCUGUAUAACUGAUAUGCUUCAAAUAUUAUAGUACCAAAAAAGAUCGAACAAAAUUAUUUUCACGCUUUAAGUUAUACUUUAUCGGGCGCGUGUUUCACUUAUUGCUGUGAAUCUUGGAAGUCGGGUUACGCUAACCCAGGAUUAAAAGUAAACUGACGUAUUAAUUUUUCUAGUAUAAAUAUGUUUUUCA